ACUUUUUUCGUGUUUUUUAUUUUCAUAAUGCCGGCACCGGAAGCUGUUGGGAUUAUUGUGGCUAGCUCGACCCCUCUGUUCAACAUGUCUCCUUCGCAGACCCUUCUCUGUCAGUAGAAGAAGCGUCGGGAUUUAUCGCCAAACAAUUACGUGUUCAGGUUGGCACUAAGCUAGCGGGCCGUUGUCAGCCAGGAGCCAGAACAUCAGCAGCAGCAUCAUCAUCAAUGGUGUGUCCACAUCUCGGAGCCGUCACAUUCUCCCGUGUGCGCUCGAUGAACCAUCUCCUCAGCUCUCAGCACAGCUGCACAUGUAUGGCGUUUGCGAGGCUUGGAGGGGAGUUUUGCCAAGCCCAGCACCUGAUGCUCAUUGUGGACAAGUGAACAGGAGACAGCAGCAAGGCACACACACUGCCAUUCACCUACACAGGUCCUUCCUGCCAUCUUGUUCAAUCAUAUGAAGACAAGCCAACAUUCAGUGUGUGACCUGUCCUGGGGAGUGGGGGAGGAUCUGGACCAGGAGUUUCCUUUCUGCUCUUCUACUUUCCUGUUUUUCCUUCCUGCUUCACAUCUCACUCUCACGAGUCUUCUCUGAAUGGGCUAAGAGAUUUGAAAGGAAAGAAGGAUAUAUAUUUUCUGUCCUCAGUUUUUUUUCUUCUGGACUUUAGGUGUCUUCUCCAGUCGUCCUCAUCCCAAAUCUGCUCAUUUCAAAUUUAGUUUUCAAGCGAUCUUUUAAAUUUUUUCCUUCACUGCCAAAAAAGUUCAGAUUUUUAUCCUGUUUCUUCUUUAUUUAUCUUUUCCCCCUGUUUUGAUUCAAAAAACUUUUUAUCGCCAAUUGAGUAGAAUAUUUACAUUUGUUGCCUAUAAAUAAUUUUUAGUUCAGUGAUAUUUUUAUUUUUUAGUAUUCUAGAGUUUUACUUAUUUAUUUUUUUAAAGCACACUUUGCUUCUCAUCUUUAAUUCUUCAUCAACAAACCUUUGCUGGUCUAAAGAUGAACCGACCAGCUCCAGUGGAGAUCUCCUAUGAAUGUCUGAGAUUCCUCAUCACGCACAACCCCACCAAUGCACAACUGGGAAGGUUUAUAGAGGAUCUGAAGGCAUUUGGAGUUAACACCUUGGUACGAGUGUGUGCUGCUACAUAUGACAAGACACCGGUCGAACAAGAAGGCAUACAAGUUCUGGAUUGGCCAUUUGAUGAUGGCUCAGCUCCUCCAGACCGGUUGGUGGACGACUGGUUGAACCUGCUUCAGACAAAGUUUAGAGACGAGCCUGGCUGCUGUGUGGCUGUGCACUGUGUUGCUGGACUGGGACGAGCUCCUGUGUUGGUGGCCCUGGCUCUAAUUGAGUGUGGGAUGGAGUAUGAAGAUGCGGUGCACUUCAUAAGACUGAAGCGUCGUGGGGCGUUCAACUCCAAGCAGCUGCUUUACCUUGAAAGCUACAAACCUAAACUGUGUCUGCGCUCCAAAGACGCCAACGGGCAGAGCUGUUGUAUACAGUAGGAAUCUACGACCCCAAAAUAGCCUCACCGCAACUUCUUAGGAGAGUUAACCUCUUUGGUUACAUUUUUCUGUAAACAUUUACCCCUUGAUCGUUAUUCAAAGCCCUUCAUGUAAUUUCAUGAAGUAAGCGAUUCUGUGGAACGACUGUAGAUCGAUUUGAACUGAGGGAACAAAGUCAAUUCACUGCUUCUUCAGCAGCUCAUCUUCCCACAUUCCUACCUGUGCAUAGCCAAGGUAAACCACUGAUCUCAAAAAGAUGGGAUUAACCAAAAACAUGAGUAAGUGGGACAACGCACUAAGCAAGUGUGACCAAAUUAAUGUUACCCUCAUGUCAAACAGAAAUUGGGCAACAUCUUUCCCCCUUUCAUCCUAUUCAGCUCUGCUCUCUCCAACGUUGAAACAGCUCACGAUGUUCACGCGGGUCUUCACCUUUUCCAUAUUUCAUCAUCUUAUUUGGGCUAGCUGUAGUCUGUGGUUCUUCAGCACUAAGCAAUUGGAGCACCACUGUGAAUAUUAUUGUGAUUAUACAAUCCUGUGAUUUAGCAUUGUUAGCAUUUCCAGUGGCUAACAAUAGUUGUUACGUUCUGAAACAGCUGUGGAGGUGUUCGUUAUCCGAGGCCACUUUUAAACGUCAUCCCUCGAUAGUAGAAGACACUUGAGUGAUAACAUUAUCUCAUUUAAGAUAUAACGGGUAAUAUUUACAAAACUCACACCAAGAAAGAUGAUUACAGUACUGUUAGCACAUACUUCUUACGACUGUUCCUGUGGAAAUCGCAGCCCCCCCCCUUCUUUGUUUGAGCAUGAACACCCUUGUUGCUGAUUGGGUGAAACACUGUUGUGCUGUUCAGGUCACCCAGCUUUCUUUGUUUCCCAAAUACAAUUUUUUUUUUUGCCCACACACAGUGAGUGUACAGCUAGCUGGCCAAGAGGAGAUAGUGUCAGAAUUUGACUAAAUGUAUUUUGGAUUAAAAUAUGCCUUCCUUUAACUGUCCCUGUGAACUCAAGUUUUCUUGGCUGUAAAAAUGGAAAAACAAUCACAAAGGUCACCCUCUACAUUCAAAGUUAUAGAUGCAGCUAAAAUAAAUGCUGCUGAUGCAAACAGAUUUUCUAAUUGAGAAUUUUGACAAUUCUCAAUUAAAAAUGAUAUAGCAUUGAGUUGGCAGUAUGUGCUAUCAGAGGCAUGCUGGUUUAUUGCACAUCAAACCACACAGUGGUCCACACUAAUUUAUUUAUUUUUUUUAAUUGUUCCACUUACUGACCAAAAAAUUGCUCUGCAGCCAGAUUGUGGCACAGAAAGAAACAGAUUUAACAAAAACGUGUUCAGAAGAGGAAAACAUAAAUGGAACAAUCUACCUACUUAGUGUUUUUCCCACGUAGGUCAAAGGAGCACAGUCUGCUUCUCUGGAACAAAGUCACGUCACAAUCUUCCAAAAACUUUCUGUGUUUUUCCAGCAACAAGCAUGGAACAGGACUGUGAAGCCAACAUGGCUGCCACUGAACACGCAAUGGCCAUUGUCUCUGUCCGGUUCUGUACCUACAUGGCUGUCUGCUCAGCUGCUGUGUUUGUGAUUUUGGUCUUUGUGAUGGUCUUGUUUAUUUUCUUUCCCUUGUACCUCUUAUCUAUUUGUACUUUGUGUUUAUUUAAUGACUCCACUGUGUUUCUUUGUGAAAUGUUCGUCUGCUGGAGGGAAAAAAAAUCAAUUAGUCUUGAAAAAUUAAAGUGUUUCGUACUUUAA